AUGCCCGCCGCCACCCGUGCCGUCCUGCGGCAAUCGCAGUUCCUAACCCGGAGAACCGUCGUCAGACACGCCUCGUCCACCUCCGAGGCUGCCUCCAAGGCUGGUGAGACUGCUUCCUCAGCUGCGUCUAAGGCCUCUGAGGGUCUGUCCAAGGUCUCCGCCUCGGCUGGUCCUGCCAUCUCGAACGCCGCUGGUGCCCUGCGCAAGAUCGGUGGACCCGCCGGCAAGGUCAUCUCUUUCGUCGAUUCCAUGAUCCCUCCUACCCUUUACUACUCCAAGGUUGGAAUUGAGCUCGGCAAACUGGUGUUCCGUGGCCAGAACAUGGCUCCUCCUAACCUGGCCACCUUCCAGUCUUACUUCCAGCCUUUCAUCACCAACCCUGCCGCCCUCAAGACCCUCCCCUCCCCCUCGACUGUCCUCGCCUGUAUCCGCAACGCCAGCCCAAAGCAGAUGGCCCUCGCCGGUGUCACUGCCGCUGAGGUGAUUGGCUUCUUCACCGUUGGCGAGAUGAUCGGUCGGAUGAACAUUGUUGGUUACCGUGGCGAGCCUGCACACGCGCACUAA